UGAUGAUGACGAAGUUUCCGGCGUCACUUUUAGUAAACACAAGCAGCCUGGACUCGAGAAGCAGAAAAAUUUAAAGACGCCUAAAAGUUUAACCUAUGGUCAACAAUUGAACCAUUUAUUUUGAGGCACCCUUUUAAAGUAGACACGGCUCGGUUAACAACGUUGGUUUGCGAAAUGAUAUCUAGUUGAAUGCCGCCAGCGACCUGCACUUAGUUGAUAACUUGUCAGCUGGUGGGAACCUGAGUUAUUCUCCAGGCUGUUGGACUUGGACUUCCGCAGUCUGGGGCUGUUUUAAGUUAUUAGUGCUGUUGGAGACUUAACUUUAAUAGUUAAAUGGGGAAUUGCCUGUAUUUCCAAAGUGCCGACGACAUGUCUCCCUUAAACGAAUCCGAGGGGUCCAGUCUGCCAGGGGAGCCCCCGCCACCCUACGGGGAGGUUGGUUCUGAUGAUACAUCCACGUUCCACGGCAUCAACUACACGGGAGCAUGGUGAGCCAGACCAGGUAUACCACAUCUCCCCUGGGCAAGGCCGGCCAGCCAGCCAGCUGAGUGAAGACCAACAGGUACGCAUCGCCCAACGCAUCGGCCUCAUUCAGCACCUGCCCACUGGCUUCUUCCAGCCAGGAGCAGAGGCCUCGGACAGGAAAGUAAAAGAGUGUGUGAUCUGCAUGGUGGAGUUUGAGUGUGGAGAUGCCAUUCGCUUCCUGCCCUGCCUCCACACCUACCACUUGGACUGCAUCGACCGCUGGCUCGUGCGCUCCUUCACCUGCCCCUCCUGUAUGGAGCCUGUAGAGGCCGCCCUGCUGGCCACAUAUCAGACCAACUGAGGACCCCCCCCCUCCCCCCCGCACCCUGCGCGGCUGACCCAGCUGCGAUAUCAAACGCACCUUAUGACCCGUGGAGACACCGUAUGUCAAGGCAGAAGAACAUGGAAACCCCCCACACACGCAGAGAUUGAUGCCUUUUCCUUCUUUUUUUUUUGCCAAAUAUCUGCCAAAUAUUGAUCAGUUGAAGGAGAGAGCGAAGCUGCACCUUACUGCGGGAGUACUACUGACUAUUGAUUAUAGCAGCUCCAUACUGAUACCAAACAGUUCUGUCAAACGGGUUUAAACAAGUGUAUGUUAAAGGAAGAGCUGCCACUGCCAUAUGUUUUUAAUAGUAUCUUUCAUUGACAUCUGCUGCCUGUGAAAUGUACAAGGUUGUGUCAAGAUGGACGGUUCAUAAUAGUUGUCAAUGAUUAUAAAGCAAUCUGUAGUGUGUGUGUGUGGGAGUGUGCGUGUGCGUGUUGUGGUAGUAGUACUUUCGUACAGACAUUAUCACUAACUGCAAGCACACGUAGUACUUGUGAUUGCACAGUUGUUUUGAGGCUGAGCAGGUCAGUAUGCCGGUGUGCUUUAAAGUGUUUUAACCAUCUCACUAAAAUGAAAGUAGUCUCUGUGUCUCUAGAUCUGUCCUAUAGUCUCGACAUCCAUUCAUCCAAUUAACUUCACACUUGGCCCGUUUCCAACAUUCACAUUCAACAUUUUGAACAGGUCAUUGCACUAGUACUAAUUCAUAAAAAAUGUAUUAAUUAGUCAACAUCGACAGUAGAUACUUUAGUCAGAUUGUUUUAUUUCCAAGGUAAAGUUUACUCAUUUUAACCACUGUUAUUUUGAGCUAAAGGUAAGAACAUUUGUGAGAAGAAUAAUCAUUUGCUAUACCUUUCGGGUGUUGCCUUCUUGGCAUGGAUGGAAUGUUAUACUGACUAAGAAAAUCAUAAAAGUUGAUGACAAA